CGGCAGGCGCCGUGGCUCCAUCCUUCCUUCCCCGUCGGCACUCGCAGCCGCCGCCGCCGCCGCCGCCGGGCGCCGGGAGGCGACUAACCUCCUGCCCCGCCCUGCCGCCGCGCGCCGCCGGCUCCUGGGAUUCUCUCGCCUCAGCGCACGAGGCCUGCCGUGACCGUCGGACGGAUCUUCCCUUCCCCACCUGCGGGGACUGAACUGGACACCGCCCUGUCCCCGCCGGUGCCUGGUUAGUGGAGAGCCCGAUUGCACGCUUCGGAGAGUCUUAACUCGUUCCUGCUACACUCCACCCCUGUCAGCAAGAUGGCACGCCAAUCCGCUAUCUCGCUCAUGAGAGAUCGGGCCAAGGUGGGGGUGCUGAAGCGUCUAACUCUGAGCUCGUCGAAGACUGCAGGUAGGAACUCGUCCGGGCGCAUCACCUCUUUCCACCGUGGAGGAGGGGCCAAGAGGUUGCAGAGGAAAGUCGAUGUGAAGCGGGGCACCUCUUCCCUGGGCAUUGUCGAGCGGAUUGAGUAUGACCCGAAUCGCUCCUCUAGCAUUGCUCUGGUUCGAUGGGUCCAAGGGGUACAUUUCCGCCGCCGCAAGAUUCCACAAGAGCUCAGUACCAACUCUCACACCCCAGGAUCUACCACGGCAGAUGUCUCCAGUCGGUUUUCCCUUGCGGCAUUGUCUGGUAGAGAGCAUAAAGGAAAGGAAGCUGCUUCUGCACUGUACUCUUCUCUGGGCAAUGGAGAUAUUCCUUCUGUUAACUCUGGUCCAUCAUUGAGCUUACCUAGGAUAGCUCUAGCUGGUGCCAAGCCUGCUUUCUUCACUCAAGUCAGAGGAAAUGAAGAAGGAAAACAGACAUUUUCUCUUUCUGAGAUUCAGAAAUGGACAACAGAUGAUGUGCUUUGGGCACAGAGAAUGAAGCGUCAAGCUGCUCUCUCUUGGCAGAAUGAUCUGAAGAAGAAACCUUUGCUUCUGACACAAGCUAACCGCUUCAGUAGCUUGGCAGCAAAGUCUGUUGGUACGAGUAAAGGGCCAAAGGGAAAGGUUGAUUGUGUACCAGUAUCCUAUGUAUUGGCCAGUCACCAAUGCCUGCCAGGUAGUACAGUGAUGAACUAUGAUUCCUCCAAACCUUCUAAGAGUUCAGCCUCUUCACCAAGUUCCUCAGCUAAUCAGUAUGAUAUAAUUGACCUCAACUCAAAGGUCGGAAAUUGCAUACCAUUAGCCAAUGCACGAAUUGGAACAUGGGUGCAUGAUAUUGAAUGUCGUCCUGGUCAGGGUGGGAAGAUGGUUCGAGCAGCAGGUACAUAUGCUAAGGUAGUCCAGGAGCCAGGUGCACAGUGUGUUCUGCGCCUUCCUUCAGGUGCUGAGAAGAUUGUGGAUUCAAAAUGCCGUGCUACAAUUGGUAUAGUCUCUAAUCCAAGCCAUGGUACGCGCAAGCUAAGAAAAGCAGGGCAUAGCCGGUGGUUAGGCAGGCGCCCUGUUGUCCGUGGUGUUGCUAUGAAUCCUGUGGAUCAUCCCCAUGGUGGAGGUGAGGGACGUACCAAAGGAGGCAGGCCUUCAGUUUCUCCCUGGGGAAAGCCCACUAAAGCAGGGUACCGGUCGCCAAGUGUGGCCAGCCGUAAAGCUUAGUGUGCUGUAACAAAGCUCUUAUUGGAAUGAUGUUUUUUUGUUUUCCUAUUGUUGAGAAAAUAAAGAACAGAUGUUGGUGGCAGAGGGAACUGUGUGAUACAUCGACUUUGGUUGUGAUGUAGUCAGCAGACAAAGAAGAUAGUUUUCAUUCCAAUGCUUGUCAUCAAAACUCAUUACUGGAUUUCUUCUUUAUAACCUUCUGUUUUGUAACUGGUGGCAUAUUUGGUUUUGGUGCUACUGUUCUGAUGGAGAAGGGAUGUUCUAAUAUUUUUGACAGAGGCUUGUUUCAGAAACAAGAUACUCCUGUUGGCAUAUUGUUCCUUUU